UGUGUGUGUACUUUGUCACUGAGUGGAGUUUCCCGUGUGGGCGGGGCCACAGCUGCAGAGCCUCCAGCAGGAAGUGCUGUCAGCUGUCCAUCAUGUCCCCGUGUCUCGUGCAUUAAGCAGCGCGUGGCAGCUCCGGUGACCUGUGACCUGUGACCCGGUGAUCGAUACCCCGGCAGUCCGCGAUGAGCGACGCCGUCCUGCUGGACCUGAUCCACGGCUGCGGUCCGGGCUGCGGCGGCGCGUCUCUGCGGGACGAGCACGUCUUCCUGCUGUGCGGGACGACGCGAGACCGGCACGAGGACCACCUCUCCGCCGCGUGUGUGAGCUCGUGCAAGAGCGUGCACGCGCUGGACUCGGGCUCCACCGCGGAGCGCCUGUACCGGUUCAAGCAGACCGUGGACCGGCUGGACCUGAGCUCGGUCAGGGUCCUCACGACCCCGCGGGGCCGGGAGGUGCUGCGCGCCUACCAGGAGCAGCUUUUCACGGCGGUGUACACCUUUGACUACCGGGUGGACGCGCUCACCUGUCCGGGCUGCGCAGGCUCCGCCCACUCGGACUCACCUGGCGAAGCGGUCCCCGUAGAAGAAGAGGUGUCCGGGUUCCUGCAGCAGCUGCCGGCCCUGAAGGGAGAAGUCCGGGUCCUGAAGUCAUCGCUGAUUCCAGAAGGUUUCGGUCAUGGGUUCAGUACUCGGAACGGCGGCGUCUCCUACAUCCAGACCUUGUCCUCUUUGAACCUGUUCAGCAGCAGGAGGAGGAGGGACCCCGGAGCCGUGGUCCAGGAGAACCGGCGCAGACUGGCCCUCCAUGCUGGUUUCCACCCUCAGCCCCUCCACCUGGUCAAGGUGGACCACGGCAGCCAUGUUUGGGUCUUGGGGAACGCCGAGCCUGAGCACUACGACGCCGUGGUCACGGAUCGGACCGGCGUGGUCGUGGCGGCGCCGGGAGCCGACUGCAUGCCGAUCCUGUUCGCCGACCCGGUUUUAAAGGUAAUCGGAGCGGCUCACGCAGGUUGGAAGGGUACCCUGAUGGGCGUUGCUAUGGCGACGGUGGGGGCCAUGGUGAGGGACUUCGGUUGCCAGGCGAGGGACAUCGUGGUCGCCGUGGGGCCGUCGGUCGGCUCCUGUUGCUUCACACUGGACAAACAACAGGCGCUGGACUUCCUCCAGGUCCACCAGGACUGUGUCCCCGAUCCAGAGUCCACCAGACCACAUGUCAACAUCCGCCUCGCCAACAGAGUCCUCCUCCUGAGAGGAGGCGUCCUCCCUGAACACAUCCAUGACGACUCAGAGACGCAGCGCUCCUGUGUGACGCCCUGCACCUCCUGCCACCCAGAGGACUUCUUCUCCCACACCAGGGACGGACUCAACUUCGGCACCCAGGUGGGCUUCCUGUGGAUCAGGGGGACGGAAUGAGGG